AUGUUAUUAUUUACAAGCUUAUUAGCAACACCAAUCUACAGUCUGGUGAAUUUUACGAUACCUAAAUCAGACGUUGUACACACAAAAUCAGGCCUCAUAUUUCACUAUCUUUCCCAAUAUCGACCAGCAAACAGAAUAGUGACAUUUACAGUUACCAUUCCAAUGCUAGAGGAUAUGUGCUAUUUGAUUCCAAAGGUAGCUAUGAAGAAGAUUCCUUACUGUUUUCCCAAUUCAACAAUGGCGAAAACUAUAUCUCAGGCGGAUAGCCUGAAACAACUAAUGAAGAAAUAUGGCAAGAAAUCAACAGUUGUUAAACGGCCAAAAAGAUUUCUUGGCGAAGUUAUAUCAAUCGGGGUUGGGUCCGCUGCUCUAGCAUUAUCGACAGUAAACACAAUACAACUAUCAAAUUUAAAAGGUGAAGUGAAGGCUAUGUCGGAUUCGCUUAUGCGCAUGGAUCAAACAUUACAAAAUCAUCAAGCGCAAAUUUUGCAUCUUUCGGAGGGACAAUUGAAACUUGCACAAGAGUUAAACCACACACAGGUUGCCCUUAAUAAGACAAUGGAUUUAGUGAUGGAACAUGCAGCUAUAUUACGAAGUCAUGAUACAGCAUUAAGGACAAUUACAUCAAUGACUGUGUUUCUCAGCAACAAAUUAGCUGCAUUUGUUCAUUCUGUUGAUACUCACUUUAUACACUCGUCAAUCGACGAUAUUCUAUCAAACAAGCUCAAUCUUGGGUUUGUACAUCAUAAAGAUCUUCCAAGAGUGGUCGAGUUAGUUACUCAGAUGGUAGACGUUUCUUUUGAUGAAGCGGAAACUGUGCUCCCUGUAGUUGAGUUAGUGACGCGAUUAUUAGUUCAACAAAACGUGGACUUCGUGCCAGCCGAAUUAGUAGAAAAAACAGAAAAUGGUUUUCUGAUUGGAAAGUUAACCUUCACUUCAUUUUUCGCUGCGCCAAGCCGUGAUCAAGUGCCAUACUCUAUCUAUGAACUAGUCCCAAUUCCAUUCAAUCAAGGAAAUAACCGAGUAAGACUUGCUCAAAUGCCUCAAUAUUUAGGAAUUCAGCCCAAUUCACGUAAAUUCAUACGUUGGUCAAUGGAAGAAGCGACAUCAUGCGAUUUUGUUCUAAUGACAUCAUGCCGAGAGACACCAGCAAUCCGCAGAGAUCUACAAGACACUUGUCUCUACGAAAUUCUGACUGAUUCUAUUCUAUCAAAUUGUCGUACAGAACCUUUUGCAGACCCAGUAUUUGUUCAUCGUGUAGGACAGCAUUGGGCUAUAUCUGUUAACUCCACAACUCAAUGCCAUUCCACCAACACAUUCACAGAUGUGGAGCAACAUCAACUCAUGGAUAACAACGCUAUUACCUUACCCCCUGUGGCUUUAAUCACAACAAUGGACACUUCCUCGCUAUUGUGUGAUAAAUUUUUCUUGCCAGGAGUGCCUGUUCGAAUUAGAUCAACCGUUAACUUAAUUCAAAAUCUGUCGAUAAAUCCAUUAAAUGAAGAGUUAUUCAAUCUCCACGAAUUAUUGAGUAAUAAUACCUCUUGGGCUAAAUUGCCCUAUUUCCCGCCAAAUAUGCAAGCAGUAAUUGACUUCAUUUCAAAUACUCCCAAACCAGUCUUCUCAAAUAACUUUCAAACGUGGUCAAGCCAUCCAAUCUCACUUGUCACAAUUGUAAUCAUCGUCGUCUUUAUUAUCUUGAUCGGCAUUCUUUUAUGCUUAUAUUAUGUCCGCGCCAAAAAAAAUAAAACUCAAAACGUCACCCUCAAGAUGCCGUCGAUGAAAGUUCUUGAACAAUUAGUCGAUGGAUAA